UGCGUGGCCUAAUUGAAUAACAAUGCGCGUCUUCAGAAAGUAGGAAGGGAAGAUUUUAUCCAAUGACAACUACCUAAUUUAACAUGCAUGCCAUGUUUUCAAUGUAGGAUUUCUAUCUGGCACUGUAAACAAACGCAUGUUAGCAUGAAGGAAAGAGGAAGAGAGGACGAAUUAUCAGUUUGGGAGGAGACUAUUUAGCUAGCAAAAUUAGCUUCACGGGGUUUCCACUAGCUAGCACAGCCACAAAGUUCAUAUUUGGCUAUAUCGUAAAAAAUAUCGAAAACAUAAUUGGUGUUAAUGUAAGGUCAGGCAUAAGGUUAUCACUGUGGUUAAGGUUAGGUUUAACAUCUAAUUUUAAGGAGACAAAUUGUAGAAAUAGGUGGUGUUUAUGACUUUGUGGCUGUAGUAACGACCGUUUGACGGGGAUUCCAAUCAAAAACUCUGACAUGCACUGCCAACUGUGGGACCUUAUAUCGACAGAUGUCUUGGAGACAGAUAUUCCACACCAGCUGCGUGGUGCUUCUGGUAGAGCUGCUCUGUCUGGAGGCAGUGCCCAUCAGUCUGGACAAGACCAAGGUGAACCAGCUGGAGGACAAAGCCUCAGAGCCAUCACCAAGUGUGGACACUGGACUCCACUAUGACCGUUAUCUCAGGGAAGUCAUUGAUUUUCUGGAAAAAGACCAGCAUUUCAGAGAGAAGCUCCAUAACACAGAUAUGGAGGACAUCAAGAUGGGGAAGCUGGCCAAAGAGCUGGACUUUGUCGGCCACCAUGUAAGGACACAACUGGACGAGCUAAAAAGGCAGGAGGUUAGCCGGCUACGGACACUGAUCAAAGCCAAGCAAGACAUCGAAGGAGGGAACGAUAUGGCAGUAGACCACCAAGCUCUGCUGAAACAGUUUGAGUACCUAAACCACAUGAAUCCUCACACCUUUGAAGUGGAGGAUCUGGACAGACUCAUCAAAUCAGCCACAAACGAUCUGGAGAACUAUGACAAGGAGCGCCAUGAGGAGUUCAAGAAGUACGAGAUGACGAAAGACCAUGUGCGAAGGGAACACCUCAAGACUCUAGACGAUGGAGGGAGGAAGAGGGAGGAAGAACAUUACAAGGAGAUGAAGAAGAAACAUGCAGACCAUCCCAAAGUCAACCAUCCAGGCAGCCAGAAUCAGUUCAAAGAGGUGUGGGAGGAAGCAGAUGGUCUUGACCCUGAAGAUUUUGACCCCAAGACCUUUUUCAAGCUGCAUGAUUCCAAUGGAGAUGGCUUCUUCGAUGAGCAGGAAUUGGAGGCAUUGUUUACCAAGGAGCUGGAGAAGAUCUAUGAUCCUACCAAUGAAGAAGACGAUAUGGUGGAGAUGGAGGAGGAGCGCCUGCGUAUGAGCGAGCACGUCAUGAACGAGGUGGACACCAACAAAGACCGACUGGUCUCCUUAGAAGAGUUCCUGAUUGCCACAAAGAAAAAGGAAUUCCUGGAACCAGAUAGUUGGGAGACCUUAGAGCAGAACCAGGCCUACACAGAUGAGGAGAUGAGGGAGUUUGAGGAGCACCUGACCCAGCAGGAAGAGGACCUCAACCAGAAAGCAUCAGACCUCCAGAAACAGAGGGAUGAGUUGGAGAGGCAACAGGAACAGCUCAACUCACAGAAAGUAGAGCUUCAGCAGGCAGUAGAACACAUGGAACAGAUGAAAACCCAGAAAGUUGAGCCCCCUCCAGAGGUUCAUGUAGAAGGGAAUGCUAUCCCAGAGCCACGAGGAGAGUACCAUCCUUUGCCCCCGGGCCACCAAGAUAUGUUCCAAAACCACCCGGGUAUGAAGCAAGACAACCACUUCCAGAACCAAAUACCCCACAACACCCAACCACGACUCCAGGAUCUGCCCCCAGGCCAUCAGGCAGUGCCAUAGGGCCAACAUGACUUACCAUGUCAUGUUGCCAUAGGCCCCCAUCAGAACCAGCCCACUCAACCCCAGCUGUCAGAUGAAACUAUAAACACCUCUGGCUCCAUGGCCCCCCACCCACAGACCUUUGCACACUGGACUGGAGGUAUAUAAGUACUAUGGAGGUCCCUCCAUAUGGGCAUGUAUUUUAUUUUUUAUUUCACCUUUAUUUAACCAGGUAGGCUAGUUGAGAACAAGUUCUCAUUUACAACUGCGAUCUGGCCAAGAUAAAGCAUAGCAGUGUGAGUGGACAACACAUGGCGUAAACAAUUAACAAUGUGUGGCCCGUUAUCCUGAAAGAGUUAACUGAAAACCAGCUGGAGAACACAGGAGGUGUUUACAGUAUCUCUGCCCACUUGUGGAUAUCAAUUUGAGCCUCCAAGGCCUGGAAAUGUUUUAUACGCUUGCAGUCAGGGAAUUUGUUAUAGAGUGCAUACAUGGUAUGUGAUGUAUGGAUUGGUCAUAAUUGAUCAUUACUUGAAAUGCAGAGCUUUGGUGGAAUUGUUUUGGUAGUGUCAAUGUAUUUUGGAACAUCAUUUUUAAUUAGUGCUGUGUGAUAUGACAAUUAGGCCUAAUAAUUGUCUGGUCACUCCAGCUGAAUAAUGAUAAUGUUGUGAAAUGUAUGGAUUCCUGAAAAGGUGACAUUUCAAAAGGCACUGAGAGCAUUAUGAACAGUAAAGAUGACUGUCUCAUGCAAUAGAAUAUACAUCUACUUUUUGUAUGGGUUCAUUUCUGUGUAUUACUUUAUAUUCUCAAGUCUGAUAACAGCAAUGUAUGCUAAUGUUGGCUAUUAUGGGCACUAGUCAUGGGAAACCUGAGUGCAUUGCAGUCUUAUUUUGUGGUGCUUAUACUAUAGCCAGCCUUUUGGAUUACCUUAUUGAUGUGCAAAUGCAAGAGUCAGUUGAUGAUCUGGUUAUUUCUGUAGGGAUUAUAGGUAACCACGUCUUGUUUUCACGUUUGUGUUUGAGUGAGGCUCCUGUUCCUAAUGACCUGUAGGUGUGUCUUGGCCAAGGCCAGUACAUGUAUUGAUACUGAACAGCCCGUUACCAGGCAAUGAUGUCUACCUUUUGUACUCAGCACAUCACCCCCAGUCUCUUUUAAUGGGCCUUUUUGUUUUACUUUUACCAAAUUCUGCUGGCUAGGGCAAAUGCUAUUUUAUCUUGCACCAUAGAGGUGUGCCUAAUUUCUGUAUAAAAGAUUAGUUUAAUUUUCAGAUGACCAAUGGCACAGGAAAACAUCUGUAAAGUGAUAUUCUUUAUAGCUAGAGUGAAACUAACACAAAGUUGACAGAAUCCUUACAUUCUACAGACCUACAGUGUAGACAUGAGUUCCAAGGUAUGUUUUUGGACAGAGCAGAUAUGAAGUGACAAAUGUACAGAACAUAACAGCUACCAUCUGGCCAGAGCAAAAUGUGCACACAGGAAGUCUUCAUUUUGGGUAAAUCAGUCAGACCUAUAACCUGCUUAGACUACACACCAUUUGUACUGACUUUACUCCCCAACAUGCCAUAGCAAUACAAUGUACAGUAUAAACAAUCUUCACAUUGAGACAAUGUCCUUGCAUGGUAUGACUGCAGUCAAUAUAUUGUUUGGUCUUUCGUGUCAUGCUUCCAAAGCCUGUCACUAGCCCCAGACAGUUUUGUAAAUGAUUGCCUAUCAAGCAAAUACCCAAAUAAACAGUCCAACAGCAAAGGCA